CCUGUCACCUGCUCCGGCUGUGCCUAGGGCAGGAGGGGGACCGGUAUAAAGCAGCAGGCACCAGUGCCACUCCACCUCACACACGCAGUGCCGGCCCAGUCUGCUCUGCCUCUCCCGCCAGUUCACCACCACCAUGACACCGGGCACCCGGGCCCCUUCCUUCCUGCUGCUGCUGCUCCUGGUGCUUACAGGCCAGAAGAACGCCGUCACCUUAUCUCAGAGCAGCUCCACCACCAAAAGCUCAGCUGACACUUCCACUACAGCCACCGGGAUUGCUACAUCAGGCUUGGCCACCUUUACACUCCACACCGGCUCCUUGGCCCCAGCCACCAGCUCUACAUCUGCCUCAGGCAUCCCUGCAGCCCACGAUGGAACCUCAGCCCCAGCCACCAGCUCUGCCUCAGGGCCAGCCACCCCUGCAGCCCACGAUGGGACCUCGGCCGCAGCCACCAGCUCUGCCUCAGGGCCAGCCACCCCUNCAGCCCACGAUGGGACCUCGGCCCCAGCCACCAGCUCUGCCUCAGCCACCCCUGCAGCCCAUGAUGGGACCUCGGCUGCAGCCACCAGCUCUGCCUCAGGGUCAGCCACCCCUGCAGUCCACGAUGGGACCUCGGCCCCAGCCACCAGCUCUAUGUCUGUCUCAGCCACCCCUACAGGCCACGAGGGGACCUCAGCACCAGCCACCACCAGCUCUGUGUCUGUCUCACCCACUCCUACAGCCCAUGAGGGCACCUCAGCACCAGCCACCAGCUCUGUGUCAGUCCUGGCCACCACUCUAGCUCACAGUGGCUCCUCUGCUGUGGCCAGCACGACCCCAGUCAGCAAGGAGUCUCAGUCCUCAUUUCCCAGCUAUCAGUCUCCUACUUCCACCCCCUUUGGCACCCCCGGCAGCGGGAUGACCACUGGUAGCACUGAGCACAGUACGGCACCUCCCUCUCCUCCCUCCAGUCAUUCCCCUCAGCCGUCUGGUAUGGUCUCUCUCUUCUUCCUGUUUUUUGAGAUUUUGAACCUCCAGUUUAAUUCUUCUCUGGAAGAUCCCAGUACUCGCUACUAUCAAGAGCUGGAGAAGAACAUUUCUGGACUGUUUUUCCAGACUUAUCAACAAGAUUUUCUGGGCCUCUUGAGUAUCAAGUUUAGGCCAGGGUCUGUGGCAGUGGAGUCAAUGCUGAUCUUCCGGAAGGGCACUGCCAGCGACUACAGUGUGUGGUCACGGCUCACGGAGAAUAAAGCGGAAGCAGAAAGAUACAACCUGGUCAUCUCACAAGUCAAGGCGAGUGAGGUGCAGGCUCCUUCUCCCACUGCCCAGGCCAGGGUGCCAGGCUGGGGCAUCGCCCUGCUGGUGCUGGUCUGCGUUCUGGUCCUGCUAGCCCUGGUCUAUUACAUCACCCUGGCUGUAUUUCAGUGCCGCCGGAAGAGCUAUGGGCACCUGGACAUCUUUCCAACACGGGACACCUACCACCCCAUGAGCGAAUACCCCACCUACCACACGCACGGGCGCUAUGUGCCCCCUGGCAGCACCAGGCGCAGCCCGUAUGAGGAAGUUUCUGCAGGAAAUGGUGGAGGCAGCCUCUCUUACACGAACCCAGCAGUGGCAGCCACUUCCGCCAACUUGUAGGAGCUCGUCACCCGCUUGGCAGCGGGCAGAAGUGCCGGUCUCAGGUCUUCACUGCCAGAGCCCCUCCUGGGGUCUGGGCUGGUGAUCGGGGAGCUCAGGUGGGCUGCUCACAGCUUUCCUCCGAGGCUCUGCCAAGUCUCCCACCCAUCUUAUCCCUGUGAAGCCCAACCCUGCCGUCAGGAAAAUACC